AUGAUUGCACGGCAGGAUGACGAGGAAACGCCUCUUCUGCAACGAUCAGAGCAGCCAACGACUAAGACACCUCUACCCUGGGAUCAAUUUUCGAUCGUACUGUUCUUGGAGACGUUAGAUCCUCUUUCUUCUCAGACCCUUUCCCCGUUCACUCCCCAACUCAUUAGAGACAUUGGAGUGACUCACGGAGACGAGUCUCAGGUUGGUCGUUAUGUCGGCAUCCUUCAAUCGUCAUACUAUGUAGCUCAUGCACUGACUAUUUUUCAUUGGAGUCAACUGUCCGACCACAUCGGGCGGAAACCUGUAAUACUGAUAGCUCUAUUAGCAAUUUCUGUCUCGAUGUUUUCGUUUGGGUUGUCGAAGACUUUCCUUGAUCUGGUGAUUAGUCGUGUUGUCUGCGGAGCAUUUGAUGCGAGCAAUGGUAUCCUCAAGACCAUGGUGAUGGACAUCACUGACAUGACCAAUAUGCCUGAGGCAUACGGUUAUGUUCCAAUUCCGUGGAUGAUCGCAAACUCAGUUGGACCACUCAUUGGCGGCUCGCUCUCCCGACCAGCAGAUGGAUUCCCUAGCAUCUUUGGGCGAUCAGAACUCCUGAAAACCUACCCAUAUCUCCUACCAUGCUCUAUUCCGGCAUUGUUCGCAUCAACAGCUUGGCUAGUCACGUAUUUCCGUCUUAAAGAGAGCACUUCUACCAGGACAUCACUUUGGGAGCUGAUUAAAGGAGGAUUCCUCGGACAGUCAUACAAACCUCGCCAGCCAUCGAGCAAUGCUAUAGUUGAUCCUGGCGAAGCGGAUCCUGGCGAAGUCCAAUCAAAGCCGCUUUCGCUGCGUGCCUUGCUAACCUCGAAAGUGGUGAACGUAACAGCAAAUUAUGUCACCAUGGCCCUGUUUCAUAUGGCGUUCAAUUCGGUCCUACCUGUUUUCUGUGCGACACCGAUUGAACUUGGUGGUCUUUCCCUUGACCCUCCUCGCAUCGGCGCUUUGCUUGCGGCACAAGGUGUCGUACAUGGCAUAUUUCAGCUACUUUUCUUCGCUCGUUUGCAUGAUCGCUUCGGUGCAAGAGCUAUUCAUAUCGCCGGCGUUACCUCCGGUAUACCCAUCGCCAUUUUAUUUCCAGUGAUCAACGCUCUGGCCCGAGCCCAUGGGAUAGGUAUGGCGGUGUGGCUGUGUGUUGCCGUUCAGCUUGCGCUGUCGAUUAGCCUUAUCAUGUGCUACCCUUCCAUGGCAUUGUUUAUCAGAGCGGCCGCUCCCAACCAUGCUUCGCUCGGAGCAACCAAUGGAAUCGCGCAGAUGGCUGCCUCGGUAGCUAGGAUCGUUGGCCCGGCGUCUGCAGCUUCGGUCUUCUCUUAUUCGAUACAGGAAGGGCAUCAUGCGUGGCUGGUAUACUAUUUCAUGAUCACGAUUGCACUUUUCGCAGUAGGUACUGCUCUAUUCCUGCCUCGUAGUCCUAGUGUGUGGGAAGAUGAUCAAUAA